AUGAGGUUUGGCAAGAGGGGAAAGCUAAGUCCCAGAUAUGUUGGACCUUUUGAGAUUUUGGAUAGAGUGGGCAAUGUGGCUUACAGGGUAGCUUUACCACCAUCAUUUUCCGGGGUUCACAAUGUAUUUCAUGUGUCACAACUUCGAAAAUAUGUAUCCGACCCAUCGCAUGUGCUGAGCUACGAGACCUUGGGUUUGCAGGAGGAUUUUUCAUUCGAUGAGCGUCCAGUGAAAAUACUCGAUCGAAAGGACAAAGUUCUAAGGAAUAAGACCAUUUCCUUUGUAAAGGUUUUGUGGAGGAACAGUGUUGUCGAGGAGGCAACCUGGGAAUUAGAGUCUGAUAUGUUGCAGCAGUAUCCCGAGUUGUUUGAAUAA